AUGGUCAUGGAUCAUCUCUAGUGCUGAACAAAAAGAAGAAGAAAAGAGAAAAAUUGGAAAGAAGAAGAAGAAGAAAGAAAGAAAGAAAGAAAAGUGUCUGAAUUUGGUGGUUCUGGAAGUUGCAUUUAUGGCGUAAUCCAAUAAAAAUAUAUGACUUGAGUAAUCCAAGCAACUUGAUCCUUCAUACCCAACACAACACAACACUAACAAUCUCUUUCUCACAAGAGUCUCGAGCAAAAAGCUCCUCUCAUAGUUCACAGGACACUCUAAAAUUAAAUGGAUCCUCUCCCUUCUUCACCUUCUUCAUCAUCCAAACCACAGGUUCUGGACGGUUCAGAAAUUAUGGAGUUGGUUGCCAACAACCACCUCUUCUCUUCUUUCGUCGACCAUAAGUUUCACGACCUCGACACCGACAAAGACGGCAAACUUUCCCUCCAAGAACUUCACCCUGCCGUCGCCGACAUUGGUGCUGCUCUUGGCCUUCCUCCCCAAGGCACUUCCCUUGAUUCCGAUAACAUUUACUCUCAGGUAUUGAAUGAAUUUACUCAUGGAUCAAGAGAUAAGGUAAGCAAGACCGAGUUUAAAGAAGUUCUCUCUGAUAUUCUGCUAGGCAUGGCUGCCGGGUUGAAGCGAGAUCCUAUUGUUAUACUUCGGAUGGAUGGAGAAGACCUUCUUGAAUUCAUUAAUAGCUCUGCUUAUGAGCCUGAGAUGGUCGCCACUUUUUCAGAAAUCAACCUGCCUGAAGGAUCUCUUCAAGAUUACAUUGUUAAAGCUUUUGAAGAUCUUACUGUGGAACAAGGGAUGCCUCCUCCUUCAGACUCCUGGGUUAUGAGCGAUAUUAUCGAACCAGCUCUGGAAUCCUGUGCUGCAGGUGAGAAUUGGGACAAGCCUGUCUCGCAAGAGAUCUUCUUGUUGGCAUUCAAGAGGGCUGCAGUGCAUAUCGCUCAACGCCUAAAAGAACAGCCUGUUAUAGUUGCUCAUAGUGAAAACACCUUUGAUGGAAGUAGCAUAAGAAGACUGUUAUCCAACAAAUUCGAACUGGACAAGUCACUUAAUGCGGCACUUCAGACUGUCCCAAGAGAUAAAACCGGAAAAUUGCCAAAGGAACAUUUACAGUUGGCGCUGGAUUUGGUUGCUCCAUUAGCCGGUUUACCACCACUUGGUGCCCUUGAUGAGAUGGACAAGCUUCUUCUUGAUGUAUUCAAGAUGGUAGACGCGGAUGACGGGAAGGUAGUUAAAGAGGAGGAGUUCAAGAAACUAUUGACUGAGAUUCUGGGGGCAGUCAUGUUACAAUUGGAAGGCAAUCCAAUCUCAGUUUCUUCUAAUUCUGUUGUGCAUGAGCCUCUAGCUUGUUCUUCUACACUUUUGACACCACCCUCUUAGAAAUCAUAUAAAGCUGAGUUAUUGUAAGGUGAAGGAAUGACAUAUAAUUGCAUAAGUUAUCCUAAUAUCGGGAGCUUUUUAAACUACAAUAGAGAAAAGGAAAUGAAGCGAAGUCAGGAAAUUUCAAAAUUAGCUUAGAUUUGGUUGAAAGUUCUUUCUUACAAGCUGCAAAAGGAUGCUCCCUUGAAUGAAUGAAUGAAUGUAUGUAAGUAUAAGAUUUGUUGUAUUAUGUUGUAAAAGAUACUUUAUAUGUAUGAGAGCAUUUCAGAUUCUCAUUACUCAAAGAAACCAAAUCAAAAUCGUAAUUCUUCCAUAUAA